AUCGUCUCAAGUGUCUCAUUCACGAAUGGUCAUUGCUCCUUGCAAUCGUAGUAAUCGAUUCGCUGAUUUGAGGCUCCAAAGGGAAGCGACAGUAUGAAGCUGAAAAUCCUUGCCCCUCUCUCACUUGCUUUCAUUGGACGAUGCUCAGCUGGAGGCAGCCCCACUUGCUGUCAACAAUUGUCCUCGGUGUUUCCUGCACUGGUCUACUUUCCCAGCAGCACAGCAUAUUCGGCAUCUUCGGGCGAAUACUUUACUGAGCAGGAGUUUUCAAUAACGCCCGCUUGUUUCUUUCAUCCUUUCACGCCUGCAGAAAUCGCUACGGCAUUGUCCAUAUUAUCUACCAGCAACUGUCCAUUCGCAGUGAAGAGCGGUGGCCACGGGAUUUGGGGUGGUUUAGCGAACAUACAAGGCGGCGUAAGUAUUGACCUUGCAGAAUUUAACGAGGUGGAUAUAGAUGUUGGAAAGCAGGGAACAGUUGCCCGGGUAGGUGUAGGUAUGAAAUGGGGGGAUGUUUACAACUUCCUUGGAGCUAGAGGAUUGGUAGUAGUUGGAGGCCGGUGGGGAAGUGUUGGAGUUGGAGGUUUGAUCUUGGGCGGCGGCAUAUCAUUCUUUUCAGCAAGAAAGGGAUUUGCCUGCGACAGUGUUGUGAACCAUCAGAUCAAUUCUCUUCUGAUCAUCUAUCCGAGCUUGAAUAUUGAUCUUUCGGAUGUUUAUAUUCCAGUGCGUAUUCAAGCUGUGAUUGUAUUGGCAUCCGGAGAGAUUAUAAAUGCGAACGCGACGUCCAAUCAAGAAUUGUGGCAAGCUUUGAAAGGUGGCUCUAACAACUUUGGCAUCGUAACGCGGGUAGACCUGUUGGCCUUCCCACAGGGAGAUUUCUGGGGAGGGUUGAUUAUCAACCCUUUCAGCGAAGAGGCAUUCGAGCACUUCAUCAAUGCCCUGCAUAUAUUUUCAAGCGACCCCACAUACGAUGAAAAUGCUUCUCUGAUCUUUACCUACAAUUUCGAUUCAUCUACACGGACUUGGAUUAUCAUCAGUAACGUCCAGUACACAAGUAUAGCUGGCUACCCCUCCACUCUGGAGCCUUUCACAAGCUACGGCCCUCAGCUCAUCAAUACUAUGAGAGUCUCGAAUCUCAGUGAUUUUGCCAUCACAAAUAGUGAGGGAGAGGAAGAGGGAACAACACGGUGGCUCUACUUUACUCGAACGUAUGUCAGCUCUGAGGUCCUCAUCCGCCAGAUCUUCGAAAUAUUUAACAGCACCGUCUAUAACAUGCUCUCCCUUAUCGAAGAGGAUGUUACCUGGAGCAUCACCGCCGAGCCCUUCCCACCAAUCUUGACUCAAUACGGCAAGUUGAAUGGCGGGAAUAUUCUGGGACUUGACCCUUCGGAUGGGCCUUUGAUUCUCUUCCUCGCGACAGUUACCUGGCAUGACUCAGUCAAUGACUCUCCCAUAACUCAAGCUAUUGAAAUCUAUUUCUCGCAAAUUGACACCCUAUCAAAGUCCCUGGGCUUGUACAACAAAUACUCGUAUUUAAAUUAUGCGUAUAAAGAUCAGAAGGUUAUGAAAGGAUACGGAAAAGAGAACUUGUGGCGAAUGAAGAGUUUAAGUAAGCAAUUUGAUCCAGAAGGCGUGUUUCAAAGAUUGGUUCCUGGGGGGUUCAAAUUGGAUGACUAGGAGGAGAAGAGGAUAUAUAUUGAUUUGCGAGGAGAAAGAGAGCAUAUUUGCCAUGGAAACACUAAGGCGUUCAAAAGUUCACUCGGUUACAGUCUUGGAGAUAGGCUUUCGAUUUUCUUUUCGUAAAAGCUCGUGGAUUCAUUCGUC